UGGACGUCAUCAACAUGAGAACCAGACGGCUCGGAGAUCAAAAACAAGAAGCUAGCUGGCUUUCAAGCUGGUAGGCAGGCUGUUAUAACUUCGUCUGAAUUUAUAACUUAGCUAAGGACAUCCAAACAGAGAUAAGAUAGGUAAGAUAUAAGUGAAACAAAGUCAAAGAUACACGGGCGUCGGAUAGGAUAGGAGGACAACUUUUCCCCGGAAAGCUGGACCCUCCUUAGAUUAAAAUCAUGGCGUGUGGAGCGACCCUGAAAAGGACCAUGGAGUUUGAUCCAUUGAUGAGUCCGACGUCGCCUAAAAGGAGAAGGUGUAUCCCGGUUUCCCCAUCAUCCCCACGGAAAUACCUUCGCAUGGAGCCGUCACCAUUUGGAGAGGUGUCGUCAAGACUAUCAGCUGAGCAAAUUCUGAACAACAUCAAGCAGGAGUACAAGCGCAUUCAGAAGAGAAAACACAUUGAUGUCGUUUACCAACAGACAGAGGGUUGCUACUCCCCAGAGUCUCCACCCCCUCUUAGUGCAUCCAGUAUGCCAGGCACAUCGGCUGGAGGUUCUUCUCCAUCAAGGAAAGAACAGCCCUUAUUUACUCUUAGACAAGUUGGAAUGAUUUGUGAACGUCUACUGAAGGAGCGUGAAGAUAAAGUUCGGGAGGAAUAUGAGGAGACCAUGACUUCCAAGUUGGCAGAACAAUAUGACACUUUUGUGAAGUUUACACAUGACCAGUUGAUGCGAAGAUUUGGAGAGCAACCUGCAAGCUAUGUUUCCUGAAAGCGACCCAGACUGCCAGGUGACCUGUUGCCGCAAGCUGUCGAGUUUAAAUCUUUGGAAAUCACCGCAAGAGAUUCAGUUGGUUUAAUGAAACUUUUCUUACUGUGCCAUAUUUCUCCUUUGGGCAAAGGUUUAUAAGCCGUUGUCAGUGGCUAUCACUCUCUCUCGCAAGCAGCUAGGUGCUUCCUAAUGUAAAUGUAUAGACCCUCUACCAGUGGGCCUAUGUUUCUCCUGCUGUACUUGUAUCGAUAAGGCCUCACUCUUACAAGGAAUUCCAAACGUUAUUCAUUGUUUUAUUUCUUUGUUACACACACACACACACACACAUAUGAUAAAGCAAUGUAGAAAUCCAUGUAAGGUUUGCUGGUCAAUCUAUGAGCAAGUGGAAGAUGCAGGUUAAUAUGGUUUGGAGAAGAGAAUUUGUAGAUGCCCCAGUUACUUUUUUGUAUGGGACUUUACAAAGUGUAAAUUUAAUUCUGUUGAUUUUUUUUCCCUUUCAAAAUGUUUAUUUUAUUUGGACAUUUUUGUUUUCCUGGUAUUACUUUCAAACCUAUGUACUUAGUGGAAAACCAAACAAUAAAAUGUUUUAAGACUUA